AUGACUGAUAUGCAGUACGCUUUUAGUAGGAUAAAAGCAAGAAUUGGCUCAGAAGCGCUCAGAAAAGUGAGUGGUACCCAGUACAAAAUUGGUUCGGCUGGAAUUCUAUUGUAUGAAUCCGCAGGUGGUAGCGAUGACUGGGCUAAAGGGCGUGGAAAAAUAAAAUAUGUCUAUACAGUUGAAUUACGUCCAUCAGAGAACGGAAAAGAUUCACAGUAUGCAUUUAUUCUACCAACAACAUUCAUUGUACCUGUGGGAGAAGAAACUUAUGCGGGUGUUAAAGAAUUUUUACGUAAAUCAUAA